GUGCAGGUCCCCUGUAAUGACUGGCCACCACAGUUGGGGAUAUGGGCGGGAUGACGGACCUUCAGAGUGGCACAGAUCUUAUCCUAUUGCCCAAGGGGACCGCCAGUCACCUAUUGAUAUAGUUUCUGCAAAAGCAGUUUAUGACCCUAAUCUGAAGCCACUUGUUAUCUCCUAUGAAUCAUGUACAUCUCUCAACAUCUCCAACAAUGGCCAUUCAGUCAUGGUUGAGUUUGAAGAUACUGAUGACAAGACAGCAAUCAGUGGUGGUCCCUUUGAGAACCCAUUUCGGCUAAAGCAGUUUCACUUUCACUGGGGUACAAAGCACAGCCAGGGAUCAGAGCAUACAAUUGAUGGCAAACCUUUUCCCUGUGAGGUAAUGAUGAUUUUUUUUACAGAUGGGAUUCAUUCAUGCAAAUCCUGUUGA